UCCUCCGCCUUCUUCCUCCUUUUCUCUAUUUAUACCUCUCUUCUCUCUGUAUUAUUGCUUAUGCAGACUCUGAGAUGGAGCUUGGUUUGAGCUUGGGAGAUCAUGCUUCAAAGCCUUCUGAAACUUCCAGCCUUCUGGGAUUAGGCUUCACCACUUUGUCCAUUGGUUCUUUCUGUACCAAAGCAUCAAAUCAACAACAAGAAGAAGAACCAGAAGAAAAAGAAGCAAAAAAGCAAAAGGGAAACCAGAGCAUAGAAGACCAUGAAGAUAGACCUGAAUAUGUUCAGCUUGAUCUUCUCCCUCACACCCCAGUCGCUGUUUCUCGUACUAACCCACCUUCCCAAAUCUCAUUUCCAUGGCCUCCUUCUGAAAAUGGCAGUUUUUCUAGGGGCAUGGAUAUGAAUAGAUUGCCGCCGCCGGCGGCUGCGGAGGAGGAUGAGGCGGCGAUGUCGUCGUCUCCGAACAGCGCUGCAUCGUCGUUUCAGAUGGAUCUCAGUGUGUUUAACAGAGGAGGGAGUAGUCUUAGUGGCUGUAAGAGAGAUUAUGACGGAGAGUUAUAUUAUGAUCAAAGGGCUGGUUCUUCAAGAGCAAGCGACGAAGAUGACAACGUUGGUAGUACGAGGAAGAAGCUAAGGCUGUCCAAGGAACAAUCUGCUUUUCUCGAGGAGAGCUUCAAAGAACACAGCACCCUCAACCCAAAACAAAAACUUGCUCUUGCCAAACAGCUCAAUCUUCGCCCUCGCCAAGUAGAAGUCUGGUUCCAAAACAGAAGAGCAAGGACGAAGUUGAAGCAGACAGAGGUAGAUUGUGAGUACUUGAAGAGGUGUUGUGAGACAUUAACUGAAGAGAACAGAAGGCUUCACAAAGAGCUUCAAGAACUGCGAGCUUUGAAGACUAAUUCAAACCCAUUCUUCAUGCAAUUACCGGCCACUACUUUGACCAUGUGUCCCUCUUGUGAGCGAGUCGCCACUAACAAUUCCUCCACCAUCACUACCACCGUCGCCGCCGCCGUCACCACGGUUGCUACUUCCUCUGCAAGUCCUUCUGGGAACAAAGUCACUGAAACAAGAGCCGCCAUCGAACCUGCCUCAUCCAAAGCCACCGGAUUCCCUCUGAGCAAGCCAAAGUUCUAUCCUUUUGCUCACACCAAAACCCACCAUCGCCAUCCCCACCCAUCCACACCCUCUUGAACUCUGAUUUUGUGGUGCAGGCAGAAUCUUGAGCUCCUGAGAAGUAGAGAUUUGAUCAGACGAGUUCAAGUAUAUCGAGUGCUGCUGAAUGGUGGAGGAGUUGAUGAUCUUCUUAAAGGAUUUAUUCUGUACAUAUGGAUGUUCUCUGAUGAUGAUGAGAAACUGAUAGCUUUUUUGGGUUCCCUUGGAGUUUUGAUAUUGAUUGGGUUUUCCUUCUUCUGUUAAUUUUAGUUGUUGUCACUUUGAUUACACCAUGUUUCUGGGUUUUCAUCAGAUGUAAAAGAGAAAGAGAAUUAUAGACAGAAAUGAUAGAGAAAGGGAAUGAAUA